GAUCCCACGCUAUCUGCUGCAUCAGAGGCAUCGUCUGGAGUAUCCGGGACCAUAAUCGGAAUCGUCCUACUGCUUUUUGCAGCAGCUGUGGUUUCAGCAGUCUAUCUGGUUCGACGAAAGCGAUCUUUACGUGCGCACGACCAACGUAUUAUCCAGUUCGACACGCUGCAGAACGAGGAGGAAUAUGGGGUUUAG